UCUUUCGAUCUCCGGCCGCGGCGGUUACGACUGCGCACCCCUAUUUUACAAAUACUGCGCACUGUUUACAAAACAUUGACCGCGGCGUGCGUUUAAAAAGUAAUAUAAUUUUUUCUACACUAAGUUUUUUUGUGAAAUGCCAUGGGUGACUUCCGGAUACAGGGCACUAAUAGAAUACACUUCAUACUGCUGUGCACAAUCUUCAAAGCUGUGAUUAGUACUGGAUUAGGAAAAUGUCCAAUAUAUCCACAAUUUCCUAACUAUGAUAUUAGACGGAUGACAGGUACGUGGUAUGAAGUGGAAAGAUCUUUUCAUCUGAUGGAGAUCGCAGCGAGCUGUACCGAACUGGACGUGAUGCUCAACGAGCGAGGUUUCUUACUUAUUACCGUCAACACUGUAAAUAGAUGGUCAGGUAACCGUUCCACAAGUAACGGCCUAGGCAUCCCAAGCCACAACGGCUCAUCCUCGUUCAGGUACAAGUUGAACAACCGGAUGCCGUACAUCAUAGGUCGGAUGCUACCUGGAGCCGGGCACUACAACGUAUUAUUCACCGACUACGACCGCUUUGCGCUUGUCUGGUCCUGUACUAACUUUAGCGUUGCUCACUCUGAUCGCAUGUGGGUACUAGGACGACAGCGGGAUAUAGAAGCGGGAUUGCGAGCACAAAUAUACGCCAUAAUUCAGGAGCUCCGACUCGACCCGGACCGGCUCAUACUUUCAAAAAAUAACAAUUGUACCGAAUUUGAAGAUCAAACGACUGAAAUAAACUAAUUAUUUAUU